CGGCACAAUGUUGAGAGAAGAUCGACUACUCUGGGACCUGCUAAUAAUCACCAUGUGAACACAUGUUAGGGAUUCUGACCACACUAACACAUCAUGACGGUUCGAAAGCAAGCAUCACAGGCACGCAGGCGUACUCAAGAGACGCCUCGAACAGAGAGCACCCUGACAGUAAGAUCACCGGAGCAGUCCGGAGUGAAUUACCCGCACUCCAAGCACACAGUGUGCAUUCACGCCACACUUUUGAUCCCUGGUCGAGGGUCUCCAACAGUAAAUCAGCUCGUGGUUGCGGCCGAACAGAAGAUUGUCUAUGUCGGCUCGAUAGAAGACCGGCCCCUGGAAUAUCGUGAUGUGUCCAUCGUGCACGUGCCGGUCUUGCUGCCCGGGCUGUGGGACUGUCAUACUCACUUUACUGGAAGUCCCCCUCAGGAUUUGAUCAGUAUGGACAGCAUGAAUUCGACCAAUCCGGCUGAGGCGGGGGCAAGAGCCGUCAGGUCGGUCUACGACACGCUGAUGGCCGGUUUCACAUCGUGUGUGGACCUCGGAGGCUAUGCCAUUGAACUGCAGAAAGUGAUUGCCGAAGGCUCAAUCCUUGGGCCAACGCUGUAUGGGGCUGGUGCUGGUAUCAGUAUGACUGGUGGUCACGGGGACUCUUUCACAAGCCCACUGGGACAGGUGUGGCAGAGACAAAGUGUGAACUCCCCUGGUGCGCACACAGGCACUGUGCCUUUCCUCCUGGCCGAUGGUAUCGAAGAGUGCCGCAAAGCCGUUCGGAUCAACUUGCGUAGAGGAGCCAAAGUCAUCAAGGUCAUGGCCAGCGGCGGUGCCGCUAGUCGAGACGACGACCCCAUGUUCCAGCAGUUCUCUGACGAAGAACUCGCGACCAUUGUCAGCGAGGCCAAUCGUAUGGGUCUCGUGUGUGCGGCGCACGCCGUGGGCAAGGCUGGCAUUAUGGCCGUCAUCCGUGCAGGAUUCAAGGUAAUCGAACACGGCUCGUACAGCGACGACGAGGUAUUUCAACUCAUGAAAGAAAAGGACAUGAUCUACGUCGCUGCAACGACUGCCGUCUGGUGCAUAUACAACAACAAGGACGCCUAUCCGAGGGAGGUCUGGGACAAGGUCGCCAAAUACCUCAAGACACAUCUUGCUGCUUAUUCGAAUGCCAUCAAGGCCGGCGUCAAGUGUGCCAUGGGAUCGGACCUUUAUGGUGGGCCUGGAUCGGCUCUUGGUCCAGGGCAAAACGGCCAUGAGCUCUAUUACGCCGUUCAGGCAGGCAUGACACCACUGGAGGCAAUUGAGGCAGCUACGGCCAAUGGUCCUCUGACUCUUGGCCCAUAUCACGCCCCGAAGAGCGGACAGAUUAAAGUAGGGUAUGAUGCAGAUAUCAUUGCCCUAGGCAAGACCCCCCUGGAAGAUAUCUCAAUCUUCACAGAUCCUAGCAACAUCACACACAUUUGGAAAGGUGGGAGACUAGUAAAGGGAAAGCAUCUUGUACAAUGA